AGAUAAUGGAAGAGGAGAAACAGGAGAAGGCAAAGGAGAUAAAGGAAGUGAAGAAAGAAGAGGAGGAAAAGGAGAUAAAGGAAGCGAAGAAACAAGAGGAAGGGAAGAAGGUAAAAGACGAGGACAAACAGGAGGAAGUCAAGAAGAUAAAGGAAGCGAAGAAACAGGAAGAGGAAAAGGUGAUAAAGGAAGCGAAGAAACAAGAGGAAGGAAAGAUGAUAAUGGAAGAGGAGAAACAGGAGGAAGAAAAGGAGAUAAAGGAAGAGGAUAAACAGGAGGAAAGCGAGGAGACAGAGGAAGAGAAGAAACAAGUGGAAGGGAAGAUUAUAAAGGAAGAGGAGAAACAGACAGGGACGGAGCACUUAAAGGAAGAGAAAAAUCAUUCAAAUGGAGAGGAAGAGAAGCAGCGGGAGGUGUCAAAGAGAGAGGAGGAACAGGGUGACGUUAAGGAGUUAAACCAAGAGGGGAAGCAGCAGGAGACAGAAGAGUUCAAAGAGGAAAGGGAGGUAGAAGAAUUGGAAGAUCAGGCGCGAGAAAAAGAAAAGGUCAUGGCCGAAAUAAAAGAGGAAAAGGUCGAGGAGAAGGAGAACACGGAGCAUUUGAGGCGGAACAAAGAGGAAGAGGGGAUCCUUGAACGUUCAAAAGAGCUUUGCUCUGAAACUAGCAAAGAGGGAUUUGUGCAGGACAGAGAUGAAAAUGAUUUUGCUAGCACAAACCACAACUCAAUAAAGGAAGGGAGAGUGGCGACAGCACAGCAAAAUCUAGUAGCCGACACUGAUCAAACAUUAGCAGACAGGCUAGGAGCCGGUCAGCCAGUACCAGUUGAAGGUGUGGAGAAGGAUGAGGAUGUAAUAAAGGUGGAGAAAGAAAAGGACGAGAAUAAAGAUGAUGGUGCCAUGGAAGAUCAGGGGAAGAACAAUGAUUUGCCAUAUUCAGGUGAGAGUACUAAAUCACUUUCACUUGGCCAGACAACUCAGAACACAGAACAUCAUCAGCGACUUUCCAGUGAGGCCCACAACACCAAGCUUGAAUUCACUGAAACCGUCAGCAUCGGGGUUUCAGCUGAGAAGAAAACCGAGCAAGUGCACUCUGAUCAUAUGAUAGUAACAGAGAUGCACACUGACAGGGAGGAGACCGCUAGUCAUGGCGAGUCCAGGACAGACGGAGUGGAAGAGGUUCCUGUUUUGUCCGCUGUGAUGUCUGAAGAAACCUUUCCGUCCGACGGUCACAAUGUAGGGACAUCAAGAGAGCCUCCGAGCGCAGGAGCGUUCGGCCUUUUCAAAAGCACCGUUAGCUUUUUCAGAUCCUCCGUCGCCAAUACUGAGGGACCUAACGAGUCCGCACCAAGUUUGGGUUCUAACACAGGCCCAAACAAUGAACAAGCCCCUCCCCCUCCUGAACAGGAAGUGGAUACAACCCACGAUUCAAAUCGGGUUUACGUACAAGAUUUGCACUCUGACUCUCCCGUCACCGCGUCACUGCCGCGGCCUUCUCCCCCCCUUGGGGAGGCCCGGCGAUCCCCUCCGUCCCCAACGCAGAUCCAUUCUCACCCUGUGGAAAGCCCCCUCCAGACCAAAACCCCCACCAGACACAACAAGAGCCUCCUAGGCCACAUGAGCGCAGACGAGGCGACCAUCCUGACGGAGCUCUUUGGCCGACACAAGCUGCAGUUUUUGGACUACGCUUUAGGGAGCGCGGUAACCGAGGCCAAUCAGCCCGAUGGCGAUGACUCGAUAUUGCUGGAUAUGGAGAGGCUCCUGGGUCAUUACAGAGAGGCACUGGUGGCUCCCAGCAUGGGGCUGGCGGACGCACCGCGGGAGGACAAGGAAAAGACCAGAACGCUCAUCGCGCUUCAGAAGCUAGAAACAAUGCUGGCAAGAGUAAGGGAGACUUUCAGCACAGCCGGGCCCAACUCGGUCAGGGAAUCGUACCCAACUCACGGCAAGACACCCGCUGAGGACGUCCCCCCUGGGAGCCUGGAGAGGAACGCUCCAAGGGAUGAAUGGAUCGGGGAGGAUGAAGCCAAAGAUGGAAGACUGGGUGGAAGCACAGCAAAACAGGGGCUGACUGAGGAUGAACGAAGAGUGGAGGAGGAAGAAAGAAGGGAAAGAGAGAGACGGCGCCCGGAGACCCUUCCUCACAUUCAGCCAGCAUCACCACACCCACCAGAAGGGGUAAUUAGACAGAUUCUGGAAUUUGCUCAUCAGAUCGGCAAAGACUUGACAAGUUACAUGCACGCAGCGAGGGAGCUCCUUAUAUGGCUUAUUUCACAGGUUGUGUCGUCACUGCCUGAUGACAUCAGACCUGGGCCGGACCUGUACGGGUUGUCAUGGGAACCGGUCAUCGUCUCCAGUCUGGUGGGGCUGGUGACCAUGCUGUUAUUUACCUGUAGAUGUUAUAGUUCUGUCAAAAGCAGAAUGUAUCGAAGUAAAGAGCGGAGGAUGGCGGAGCAGGUGACACAGCUGCUGGAUGAGAAGUGUAAAGUCCUUGAGGAUCUCAGCAAAUGUCAGCAAGAGUACGAUGGCCUUGAGAGCACGCUGAAGGAGAAUGGUGUCUUGGCCCAAACUCAAAAGACAGAACAUCUGGAGGUCAAAGCCAGACAGCUGGGUCAUGCUAAAAGAGAGCUGGAUCGGGAUCUGGAACAACUGAAGAAACAACUGGACCAGCAGAGAGAACAAAGGAUAGAGCAGGAAAGGAAGAUAGCUUUGCUUGAAGAGACCAUUAAAACCAGUGAAGAAGAAAGCAGAGACCUCCUGUCACAGGACGAGCAGGCACAAACCACACUGAAAGUGUACAGCAUGAACAGCGAUAGACUACAGGGGAACCUGGGAACAGCUGGAGAGGAGAGCGCACUGCUGCAGGAGAGCAAUGCUCAGUUGAGGCAGCAGGUGGAGGGAUGGGCGGAGAGGGUGAGUGAGUUGGAGGCCGAGAUGAGCAGGUGUGAGGUGGCCCACGGUGCUAUGCUGCAGGACGUGGCCACCAAAGACGAGCGCAUAAUGUCGUUGACCGAUCGGCUGCUGGGGAUGAAGGGUUGGGAUUCCGAUCUGGAGGAGGAGGAAGCUGAGGCAGGGGGCCAGAAGGAGAACUCCAAUGGUAGAGCAGAGGCAAACGGAAAAGCGGAAGUUAAGGACACACAGGGCCAUCUGCAGAAAGUCCAGAAACUCAUCUACGCUGCGAAGCUGAAUGCGGACCUCAAAGCAGUAGAUGAAGACAAAGACCGACUGUUUGCUAAACUGAGCGAUGAAGUCAAAGCAAAAGAAGAACUUCAAGAGAGCAUCAGGGAGAUGAACAAUGACAAGUUAUCCCUGCAGUCAGACUCUGAGCAGUACCAAGAUCAGGUCCAAAGAUUACAACAGAAACUCCAGAUCAUGACAGAAAUGUACCAGGAGAAUGAGCUCAAGCUACACAGGCUGCUGACCGUGGAGGAGAAGGAGCGCCUGCAGAAAGAGGAGAAGUUAAAUAAAGCGGACAAGAACAUUGCGUUAGCCAUGGAAGAGCUGAGCAACUACAGACAACGUGCGGGAGAGAUGGAGGAGGAGCUGGAGAAAACCAAGCAGUCUUACCAGACUCAAAUAUCAGCACAUGAAAAGAAGGCUCACAAUAACUGGCUGGCAGCCCGGGCAGCAGACCGAGACCUGGCCGACAUCCGGAGAGAGAACAGCCUCUACAGACAGAAGCUGACCGACACACAGUUUAAGCUCGACGCCCUCGACAAAGAUCCCUACGCCUUGGACAGCUUGGCCAGGCCGCUGCCUUUCAGAGCUGAAAGGUCCCCAUACAGUCCAUCUCCUCUGGGUCGACCUGCAUCUGAAACCAGAGCUUUUUUAUCGCCUCCCACAUUAAUGGACGGCCCACCUGCUAGACUGUCUCCGAGAGGCUACAUGUUCCCAGAAUCAGGAGGUCCGAUGUACAGGAGACCUCCUCUGGGACCAUUUUAUCAUCCCAGGGGUCUCGUCCCGGUACCCCCCCACCCUGCAGACAUUGCGGAUGGCUCCUACAGAGACGGGCCUGGCGAUCCUGAACUCACAGAGUCUGGUCCUGGGGAUCGAAGGACUCCCCCUGAAGCCGAUCCAAGGAUCGGGGGGGCACCGCCACCCGGCCACCCAAUGGGUCCCGUGGGCGGCCCCUUUCCUCGUAGAGGCCCCUAUGGCCCGCCGCCUCCUGACUUCUACCCAACCAGGGGACCUGCGGGCCCUCCCAUGAUGCCGAUGUGGGCCCCUCCACCCCCAGGAAUGAUUUUCCCUCCUCGUUUCCCUCCCGGUGGGCCCAAUGCCCCUCGCCCUUACUACGCUCCCCCCAUGCGCCCCCCUCUGCUCGACGGACACCCACAACCCUCGAUGGGUCCGCUCCCUCCCCAGCAGGCCGUCCCCUCCCUGCCGCACAGCCAGUCGGCAGAGGAGCACCUGCCCCCGCCCGAGGACGUCAUCUGAGCCUUUGAGCAACGACGUGACGGUCCGAGGGACGGUCAGUCCGGUCGCCCCCGUUGUCGUUUCCCACGGUUCUGUUUAGCGUGACAGCAACGGCCCGGGGAGGGGGGGUUAUUUAGUGAAGGGGCGUCAGCUCUUAGGAAACCAUCAGCCUUCACAGCCCGUCUGCUUCCUCUCUUCGCCCGUAUCAUCAUCCGACCUGUGAAGUAGUUCCUGUUGCUGUGUCACAUGGUCAGCGGCAGGAUCACGGCAGCUGUGUGUGUGUUUGUUUGUGUUUGUGUGAGAGUGAGUGAACCAGAGACGGUUGACAAUGCCAGAAAGACUUUUAAACAUUUAGACAUUUAAAAAAAAAAUAAUAAAACUAGCUAUUUAGCAUCUCUGGGUUUUGACCAAGAUUGGAUUCCUCAGAGGUAAAACAAGCAAGUUUCUUAAGAUUGGAUUAAAUUGCAUAACUGGAUCUCCCCGGCUUCCCAGUGGGAUUUGUAGGAUUCAGCCCCCAUCAACAGAGCUGUGGUUCCAGACAGCAGCAAACAGGACUUGAUUACGGAGGAAACGAGAGGCUCCUGGUAGCCGGUGACUCACGUUGGAAGGAUGUCACCAUUGUGAAUUUUGUAAAAAGUGAUUAUUGACAGAUUAAUAAAGACUUGAAAGACAGAUUGAAAA